UGUGUUUCAAAACCUUUAAUAAAAAACAGAAAAAUCGCAAUCUUCCACCAUAGCUGAAGAAGAGCUUCUGAGAAAUGCGCUAAAACAUCAACCAAUAAGCCAAUGGCUACGACUCAACCCAACAAACUAUCUCUCUUCCCACUACUCUCACUCCUCUGCUUCAUCUCCAUCUUCUUCCUCCUCUCCCUAUCCAAACGCGCUUCCCUCUCCUCCCGACCAACAACAAACACCCACCGCUCCUCCACCUUCUCCCUUCCCCCCCGCACCUGCGACCUCUCCUCCGGCUCAUGGAUCUACGACCCAAACCCCAGAUCCGCCAGGUACGACGGCAGCUGCAAAGAGAUCUUCAAAGGAUGGAACUGCCUCCGCAGCAACAAAACCAACGCCCUCGACAUCUCCAAGUGGCGGUGGAAGCCAAACGACUGUGAUCUCCCGUCGUUUGAUCCGCUCCAGUUCCUCGAAUCUCAUCGAGAUACCAACAUCGGAUUUGUGGGUGAUUCUUUGAAUAGGAACAUGUUUGUGUCACUCUUCUGCGUGUUAAAGACUGUGUCCACUGAUCUUAAGAAGUGGCGGCCAGCUGGUGCCGAUCGUGGAUUCACCUUCUUGCGUUAUAAUCUCACCAUUGCGUACCAUCGAACUAAUCUCUUGGCGCGUUAUGGUAGGUGGUCAGCUGAUAAAGCUAAUGGAGGUGAGUUAGAAGCUCUUGGAUUCAAAGAGGGGUAUAGAGUUGAUGUUGAUGUUCCAGAAAGCUCUUGGGCCAAGGCUCCAAGCUUCCAUGACAUCCUCAUUUUUAACACCGGGCACUGGUGGUGGGCGCCAUCAAAGUUUGAUCCUUUAAAAUCUCCAAUGCUUUUCUUUGAAGGCGGCCGACCAAUACUUCCUCCUCUACCUCCUGCUGACGGCCUAGAUCGGGUUCUGAGCAACAUGGUAAACUUUGUGGAGAAAACAAAGCGACCUGGGGGGAUCUUAUUCUUCCGGACUCAAUCACCCAGGCAUUUUGAAGGAGGUGACUGGAACCAAGGUGGUACUUGUCAAAGACUGCAACCUUUGUUACCUAGAGAAGCUGAAGAACUGUUUUCUGUGAAGAACAAUGGAACAAAUGUUGAGGUUCGUUUGGUGAAUCAACACCUUUACAACUCCCUCGAGAAUAGGAGCGGUUUCCACGUUUUGGACAUAACUCAAAUGAGCGAGUACAGAGCAGAUGCUCAUCCGGCAACAUCUGGUGGAAAGAAUCAUGAUGACUGUAUGCAUUGGUGCCUCCCGGGCCUGACUGACACUUGGAAUGAUUUGUUCGUCGCAACUCUCGGUAGGAUUGAAGGUUUGUAACCUAAAUCACAUGCUUUGGGUCGAUGGGAUUUUUCUCCUUUUAAAGUCGUAGUUGAUUUUUUUAGUACUCUUGUAAACUUUUAUGUUUUUGUCCAACAAAAAAUAUUAUAUGUUAGUUCUCUCUUUGAGUAACCUACAACAUGCAAAUUGUUUUCCAUUA